CGAAAAAUCCCAACGGUUUUGUUCCCCGACGUCUUCUCUUUGUCCGGCUAGGUUCAUUUGUCUUUUUGCUUCAGUGGGAGCAAGUCUGAGCCCGUGUGCAGUCGAAAUUAUCGUUUAUUCGCUGAAUCGUACGUCCAAAGGUUGAAAUUCCACGGAAAUGGGGGAGGAAUUCGACGGAUUGGGGAUGAAUACCUCGUUUGUCGAUGGGAAUGACAAAAAUUCGGGAAAAUUCACUCCCGACGGCAUUGGGCAGUGCGAGGACUCGGGGUUUGCCAGCAUCGCAGGCUCUGUCACCACAGAAAAUGACGAGAGAUCGCGUCUCCCCGAGGCCCCAGUCCCCCUGAGCCGGACCGACCGUGAGCGCCUGCGCCUGGAGCACCAGGCGCUGAGGCGCCAAGCGGAGCAGCAGUACGAGAACGAGAAACGCGAGAAAGCCUACAAACGGCUGAUGCACCUCUUGAAGCAAUCCAAGUUCUUCUCAGACUUCCUGGUGAAGAAGCUGAGCAUCACCGAGACAAAGCCCGCGACCUCGAGGUCCUCCAAGCGCAAGCUGGAGGCCCCCGGCGACGACUCUACCCCCGCACCUCCCCCAAAGCGCCCCCGAAGAGGCCGCAAGGCCCCCCAGGAGGACCUGAAAGAGUCCCUGCCCCCUGACCUUCAAAAACGAAUGACAAGAAGUGGAAAACAGCACCUGACAGAGGACCAGAUCCAGGCAGAGCUGGAGGCGCUGGUCGACGAGGCAGACGAGGCCGCAGAGGGCCCCUUCACGCAGCCCAAGUACUUCGAAGGGGACCUCCGAGACUACCAGAAGCACGGCCUCCAGUGGCUGAAGGCUCUGUACGAGCACGGCAUGUCUGGAAUCCUUGCGGACGAGAUGGGGCUGGGUAAGACGGUGCAAGUGAUCGCGAUGAUGGCCCACCUGAUCGAGAAGCGCCAGUCGGGGCCCUUCCUGAUCCUGGCGCCGCUGUCGACGAUCCCCAACUGGCUGAUGGAGUUCGAGAGGUUCGCCCCGAAGAUCCCAGUGGUGCUGCUCUACGGUACCCCAGAAGAACGAGCCCAGCAGGCCCUCAAGCUGAAGAAACCGGUGUCAGUGGAUGGGUUCAGAACCCUCCCAGUGGUUCUGACGACCUACGAGACCCCGAUAAGAGACAAACGAGUGGUCAAAGCCCUGACCUGGAGGUACAUAAUCAUCGACGAGGCCCAACGCAUCAAGAACUCCGAGUGCCAACUGGUGCAGAUCCUGAAGACGUGCGAGUCGUCAAAUCGUUUGCUGCUGACUGGAACCCCCCUCCAGAACAAUUUGAAGGAGCUCUGGUCGUUGCUCCACUUCCUGAUGCCCGAGAUCUUCAGUGAUCUAGCUGUUUUCGAGUCGUGGUUCGACGUCAGGGACUUUCAGCACGAGGAAGGGACCACCAGGAUUCUCCAGCAGGAGGAGGAGAAGAAGGUGCUGCAGUCCCUCAGGGAGAUCCUCAAGCCCUUCAUGCUGAGGAGGAUGAAGACAGACGUCUGCCUGGACAUUCCAGCGAAGAAGGAGGUGAUGGUGUACGCCCCCAUGUCAGCACUUCAGCGACAGCUGUACACAGCUUAUCUCAACAGAGACAUCUGCGCCAUGUACAAGACGAAGCCUGAGCCGGUGAUCUUGGACGACGAGUUUGGGCAGAGGCCCAAGAGGAGGUGUGCUGUGAACAACAAGUACAGUGGGGUCUACAGGAACCCUUAUCAGUCGUUGGAGGGCAGUCAGGACACUUCGAUCUCCUCGGAGGACGACAGUCGUCCUUCAACCCCUGAUCCGGACUACGUGGCCCCAUUCUCGGACUCUUCUGUUCGUGAGAACGAGCCUGGGACUGCCCUGGGAGCCAAGGAGGGGGGGAAGGAGGUGACGACGCCGGUGAAGACAGCGGCUGUGGAGAAGGCCAUGGAGAACUGGACUGACCACGUUCAGGUUACUGAAGACAACUGCCAUUACCUCUUCAGACUGUCCUUUGGGAAUCGUCAGAUGAUGUACAGGAAGAUCAUCAAUCAUCCUUACUUGAUUCAUCUGCCUCUGAAUGACGUUGGACUCCCGAAAGUCGAUAAUGACCUCAUCGAGGCGUCUGGGAAGUUCGUGGUGCUCGAUAGAAUGCUGAGGAGGCUCAGUGAGGGGGGGCACAAGGUCCUCCUCUUCUCCACCAUGAAGAUGAUCCUCGAUGUCGUCGAGGAUUACCUCAGCAUGAGGCCCUGGAAGUACGUCAGGCUCGAUGGAGAGGUUGACAUAGAAACCAGGAAGAAUCGUAUUAAUGUUUUUAAUACUGAUCCUGAUUACUUCCUGUUCCUGAUAAGCACCAGGGCUGGGGGGGUUGGGCUCAACUUGGCAGCUGCUGACACUGUCAUCAUCUUUGACAGCGACUGGAACCCUCAGGUCGACAUUCAGGCGAUGGCCAGGUGCCACAGGAUUGGGCAGACCAGGCCUGUUGUUAUAUACAGGCUCUGCACCAAGGGAACCUUUGACGAGGCCAUUGUCAGCAGGGCGGAGGCCAAGAGGAAGCUGGAGAAGCUGGUGAUCUCCAAGGAGAUCGAGGAGAUGACGCUCUUCAAUAAGGAGGGGCUCUUCAAGCUGAAGGAGUUGCUGGACUCCAGCGAGCAACAGGUGGGGAACUCGGGGAAGGAGUUCCUCUCGGAGGAGGAGCUGGAGAAACUCCUGGACAGGAGCGAUCUUGAGGGGAGGGGUGAGGGCGCUCAGCAGGAGACUCAGCCAAUGGUUAUUAUGGAGUUUCCCACUGGUGAAGGGCAUCAACAGCCUGCGGAAGUAAAGGGUCUUCCCGAGGGGGCAGAUCCCGAGGACUCGGGAUUCGCAAGCAUCGCCGGUGCAGAUACUCCACAGAAGGAUGAGGCCCCAGAUCCCGAAGAGCAGGUUCGCAUAAAGGCCCAGGAGAUCCUCGAGAGACGUAGAGAGCGCGCGGCAGCAGCUCGCGUCCUCCAGGAGCAGCAGAACGAGGAGAAACGUCAGAACACGUACAAACGUCUGCUGCACUUGGUGUCCCGCAGCAAGUUCUACUCCGAUUUAUUCGCCCAAAAAUUGAACCCGGGGAAGAGCGCAGGCCCCGAGGCCCCUAAACCCCGUGGAAGAGCCCACAAGCGCAGUGCAGUUGAAGAAGAGGAGGUCCCGGCAGCGAAGAGAGCCAAAAAAAACGGAAAACUUGAAGAAGAAAUGGGAGAGUUGGGCGCAGUUGCGGGGGAUGACCUGGAGGAGAAGAAGGUCUUUGUUCCCUUGAAGUACUUCAGGGGAGACCUUCGCGAUUAUCAGGAGGAGGGGCUGCAGUGGCUGAAGGCCCUCUACGAGAACGGAAUGAGUGGAAUUCUCGCUGACGAGAUGGGUCUGGGUAAAACGGUCCAGGCGAUCGCGAUGAUAGCUCAUCUCCUCGAGAAAAAACAGGCUGGACCGUACCUCGUGCUGGCGCCCCUGUCGACAACUCCGAACUGGCUGAUGGAGUUUGAGAGGUUUUCCCCGGAAAUUCCAGUCGUCUUCCUCUACGGGACGAAGGAGGAGAGGGAGACUUUGGCGAAGAAAAUUACACGCCCGGUGGGGGUGGAUGGCUUCAAGACGCAGCCCGUUGUACUGACGACGUACGAGGUGGCUGUGAAGGAUGAAGUCUUCCUGAGGAGCCAGCACUGGAGGUAUCUGGUCGUCGACGAGGGCCAGAGGCUCAAGAACUCGCAGUCGCUAUUGGCACAGUUGAGCAUUGUUCAGGUGAUACAAAAGAUGAAAUCCUCGAAUCGUCUGCUGCUGACUGGCACUCCCCUGCAGAACGACCUGAAGGAGCUCUGGUCCCUCCUCCACUUCCUGAUGCCCGACAUCUUCGACGACCUCGCGGUCUUCGAGUCGUGGUUCACCAUCGAGGACUUUCGAAACGAAGAAGGCACCAAUCGUUUGCUGAAGCAGGAGGAGGAGAGGAAGGUCCUCCAGUUGAUUCGCGAGAUACUGAGGCCCUUCAUGCUGAGGAGGCUGAAGUCCGACGUCUGCCUGGACAUUCCGCCGAAGAAGGAAGUCCUGGUGUACGCGCCAAUGAGCAAACUCCAGCACGACAUGUACUCUGCAUUGCUGAACUACGAGCUGGACGAGCUCGCUGGAGAGAUGAAUGGGUCUCUGAUCCUUGACGACGAAUUCGGGAACAGGCCGAAGCGCAGGUGCUCGUACAGGAAUCCGUACAGCGGAGUCUACGGUGAUUCGCCCGGGCGAAGUGCCUCGACCUCGCCAGCUCCUGGCACCUCUCGAGCUCCCAGGGAACUCCCUCAGUCCGGGACUACCCCAGCUGUCCAGAAGAAAAUGAGAAGACUAAAUGAGUAUGCACACGUGACUGAGGAGAACUUCGAGUACUUCUCGAAGAUAACAAUGGGCAAUCGUAUGAUGACGUACAGAAAAGUCAUCAAUCACCCGUACCUCAUCCACAAUCCCACGGAGGAAGGCCUCCCCGUCGGUCAGGACCUGAUAAAGCUCUCGGGGAAGUUCAUGGUGCUCGACAGAAUGCUGAAGAAGCUCCACGAGGACGGCCACAGGGUCCUCCUGUUCUCCACCCUGAAGAUGCUCCUGGACGUCAUCGAGCAGUACCUGACGAUGAGACCGUGGAAGUACCAGAGGCUCGACGGUUCCACGGACGUUGCAGUCAGGAGAGAAUCCAUUGGACUCUUCAAUAACGAUCCCCAGUAUUUUCUCUUCCUCGUGUCCACCAGGGCUGGGGGCGUGAUACAAAAGAUGAAAUCCUCGAAUCGUCUGCUGCUGACUGGCACUCCCCUGCAGAACGACCUGAAGGAGCUCUGGUCCCUCCUCCACUUCCUGAUGCCCGACAUCUUCGACGACCUCGCGGUCUUCGAGUCGUGGUUCACCAUCGAGGACUUUCGAAACGAAGAAGGCACCAAUCGUUUGCUGAAGCAGGAGGAGGAGAGGAAGGUCCUCCAGUUGAUUCGCGAGAUACUGAGGCCCUUCAUGCUGAGGAGGCUGAAGUCCGACGUCUGCCUGGACAUUCCGCCGAAGAAGGAAGUCCUGGUGUACGCGCCAAUGAGCAAACUCCAGCACGACAUGUACUCUGCAUUGCUGAACUACGAGCUGGACGAGCUCGCUGGAGAGAUGAAUGGGUCUCUGAUCCUUGACGACGAAUUCGGGAACAGGCCGAAGCGCAGGUGCUCGUACAGGAAUCCGUACAGCGGAGUCUACGGUGAUUCGCCCGGGCGAAGUGCCUCGACCUCGCCAGCUCCUGGCACCUCUCGAGCUCCCAGGGAACUCCCUCAGUCCGGGACUACCCCAGCUGUCCAGAAGAAAAUGAGAAGACUAAAUGAGUAUGCACACGUGACUGAGGAGAACUUCGAGUACUUCUCGAAGAUAACAAUGGGCAAUCGUAUGAUGACGUACAGAAAAGUCAUCAAUCACCCGUACCUCAUCCACAAUCCCACGGAGGAAGGCCUCCCCGUCGGUCAGGACCUGAUAAAGCUCUCGGGGAAGUUCAUGGUGCUCGACAGAAUGCUGAAGAAGCUCCACGAGGACGGCCACAGGGUCCUCCUGUUCUCCACCCUGAAGAUGCUCCUGGACGUCAUCGAGCAGUACCUGACGAUGAGACCGUGGAAGUACCAGAGGCUCGACGGUUCCACGGACGUUGCAGUCAGGAGAGAAUCCAUUGGACUCUUCAAUAACGAUCCCCAGUAUUUUCUCUUCCUCGUGUCCACCAGGGCUGGGGGCGUUGGGCUGAACCUCAUGGGCGCUGACACUGUCAUCAUCUUUGACAGCGACUGGAACCCUCAGGUCGACAUUCAGGCGAUGGCCAGGUGCCACAGGAUUGGCCAGACUAAACCUGUUGUUAUCUACAGGCUCUGCACGAAGGGCAGCUACGACGAGGCCAUUGUCAGUCGUGCGCAGGCCAAGAGGAAACUGGAGAUGCUAGUCAUCUCCAAGGAGAUUGAGGAUAUCAAGGUCAAUAGGGAGGGGCUUGUCAGGAUGAAGCAGCUGUUGCAGGCGAGUGAACAUCAGGCUGUUGAUUCGGAGAGGGAGGUCUUCACUGAGGAGGAGUUGAACAGGCUCUUGGACAGGAGCGAUCUUGUUGAACAGAUGGAGAGGGCUGGGAACUCGGGGGGGUGAUAUACUGACUGAAGAUAUUUAUGAUAAUGCGUUUAUUUUUUAGGGGUAGUUUGAACUUUACGCUUUGAAUGAAUUGAAAUGAAUUGAAAAUGAAUUUUAAUUGACGUUUGGAGGUGAAUUGCUGGGAAUGGGUCAGUCAAUUUUUUUAAUGCAUGGAUAGACCUUCGAGAGGAAAAAAUCGGGAGUUCAUGCUUGAGGGAAUUACCGGUUUUAUUAUUUGUUUUUCGAAGAGUUGAAACUUUUUUUUUGUCAAUUUCUUGUAGUACUUUGACCUUUUUUAUUUCAAUAUUGUGACGAUUUAAGGAAAGACAUGACUGAUCGACUACUGACUUCAAAGAUAUUUAUGAGAAUUAAUGAUUUAUUUUAUUUUAUCGGUAAUUAAUAAUUUUAUUCAACUGUUAGUUAGUAUGAAGCUGUUAGUAUGAGGGAACACCGGGUGAACUGAAUUUUGGAAAUAAGUAAUUUGCUUUUAAAAAUGUUUACAAGAAUUAUUAAUUUUAUUAUCUUUAUGUGUUAAUUAAAAAUUCAUUUUUUAUUAAUUUUCUUAACGACUUUUCUUCCUGUUUUUUACUCCAACAUGAAGACGAUUUAAUGAGAGGCGGUUAUAACUGGUUAAUUAAAUUAAUCUCAAGCUUUUGAGGAGCGAGAGCGUCCAGGUCCUUUGCUGUUGGAUGAAUUUUUACUUUUGUAUGCCUGAGUCGAUUGUUCGCGGAAUUCUGCCUCAAGCUUUGUAUAUGUACCACCUGAAUAAUUAAUUAAAUAAAUGCAUUGAUUGCGGGAAA